AUGCGGCGGCUUCUCCCUGCUCUGACAUUCAUUAUAACUGUAUGUGUGUGUAGCGGAAUCAAGGAGGCGCUGCCGGAAGAAGGGUUGCCAACUGUGAGUUAGCUAUGAACCAAUGAGAUGUAAGAUCUUCAGGAUAAACUGAUCGAAUAUUGGGGAUAUCCGGUGGAAAAACACUUUGUCAAAACUGAGGAUGGCUACAUCAUCGAGAUUCACAGGAUCCCGCAUGGAAAACGUAAGUCGGUAACUCCUAUUCACCCAUAAUGCAACAACGCGUUUUCCAGAUGACAAAUCAAUAAAGAAGGACCGACCCGCCAUCCUCUUACUCCAUGGCCUUCUGGAGUCAAGUGCUUCGUACGUUUUCAAUCUUCCUCAUCAAUCGCCUGGUAAAAUCACAAAAAAAUAUCACAAUUGUCUUAGGAUUCGUGUUUGCUGACAAUGGCUUUGAUGUUUGGAUUGGGAAUGUCAGAGGCAAUACCUAUGGAAAGAACCAUACAAGUUUGUCCGCCAAAGAUGCCGAAUUUUGGCAAUUCAGGUAAUGCUUCUCAAGCCCAUAGCUUAUCCAAAGAAAUUUUUUUCAUUAAUUCAUGGGGGUUUUGAAUUUUUCAGUUGGCCAGAUCUUGCCCACAAAGACCUUCCGGCCAUGUUUGACAAAGUCACAGAAAUUACUGGACAAGAACAGAUCUAUUACGUGGCCCACAGCCAAGCCAAUCUCAUUCUCUUCGCCCAGUUGUCGGAAUACCCAGAAUUCGCUAAAAGAAUUAGAAGACACUUUGCUUUGGCCCCUGUUUACACAGUCAAACACAUCAAGGGUCUUCUUCAAAUCCUAGCAAGAAUCCUCUACCCAAAUAUUAAGGUGAGUCUCCUAGAAAACAGCAUUGAAAACAUCCUCUUUCAGUUGGCGAAAAGACUUCUCGGAGAUAAUGAAUUCAUGCCCAACAGCGUCUUCAUGAAGAAAUUUGCCCGUUACAUUUGUAACACAAAAGCUGGGCAAAAUUUGAUUUGCAAUUCAGCGAUUGGGCUGAUUGCUGGGCCCAAUUCUAAUCAACUGAAUCGCACCCGGAUCUCUGUUUACGCUAGUCACUCCUCGGCCGGGACUUCGACACAAAACUUUCUACACUGGAUGCAAACUGUUUACCGAGGAGUAAUGGAAAGAUAUGACUACAGAGAUACCAAUACGAAUGUCAAAUAUUACAAACAGGUAGGCCAUCAAAACGUGUAUUCAAAAAUGAGAAUUGAUGCUUUGCUAAUCGAUUUUUUUUCUUUUGCAGGAAACUCCUCCGAGCUAUGACGUUGCAAGGAUUAGUGGACUGAAGAUGCACAUCUUCUCAAGCAAACAAGAUUGGCUUGCUGAUCCAACUGAUAUGGAAAAUUUGGUUAACACUUUCCAGAAAGAAGUCAUUCAGGUAAAAAACUGUCUAUAUCGUAUCCAUAUGUAUAUCCAUAUCAUCCACAUUCAAUUUUUAUUUUCAGUCCCACAAAAUAUUCGAUGAUUACUCUCACCUGGAUUUUCUUUGGGGAGUGAAUAUUACGCAAGAUAUCACUAUGCCAAUAAUCAGUCUAAUCGAACGGCUUGACGGCGUGAAAUUAAAAUGA